GCAAUAGCUUCUGCCAGCUCCCAUAUAAACACAGAAGAAGCUGUGUUCUCGCGAGACUCUGUUUCUUUGUGUUGAGAGGAGCGUGUCAAGCUGCAGAUUUUAAACUUCGUGUCUAAACUAAGCGAACCAUCGGUCGAAUCUGAACCGAACCUGUGUACUGCUGGGUCUUAUUCUGCUUCAUCUGUGCCGCCUGUCCAGACACAGUAAAACCAGCUGACCUGUUUCCAUGGCAGUGAGACGAGGACACAUCAGGUACCUGAAGGUGUGUGAGGUCCAGCCGACUCAAGGUGAAGUCAGAGACACUCAGAUUUCCUCCAAAGGAGCAGCUGUGAAAGAGCUGUACGACAACGGCUUCACCGAGACGAUGAUGGAGGAGGAUGACGACUCGCGGACCAACCUAAUAGUCAACUACCUGCCGCAGAGCAUGAGCCAGGACGAGCUGCGCAGCCUGUUCAGCAGCGUGGGCGAGGUGGAGUCGGCGAAGCUGAUCCGUGACAAGGUGGCAGGCCACAGUUUAGGUUACGGCUUUGUUAACUUUGUUAACCAUAGUGAUGCAGAGAGGGCUAUCAGUACCCUCAAUGGCCUGAGGCUACAGUCUAAAACUAUCAAGGUGUCGUUUGCUCGCCCGAGUUCGGACACCAUCAAAGACGCCAACCUGUACAUCAGCGGUCUGCCCAGAACGCUGAGCCAGCAGGACCUGGAAGACAUGUUCUCCUCCUUCGGACGAAUCAUCAACUCCAGGGUCCUGGUGGACCAGGCGUCAGGUCUGUCUCGGGGCGUGGCCUUCAUCCGCUACGAUAAGCGCAGCGAGGCCGAGGACGCUGUGAAGCACCUGAACGGACACGUCCCGCCCGGCGGCUCUGAGCCAAUCACAGUCAAGUUUGCUGCCAACCCCAACCAAGGCCGGAACCCCAUGGUGAUGUCACAGACCUACCACGGCCAAUCACGACGCUUCGGAGGCCCGGUCCAUCACCAGGCGCAGAGGUUCAGGUUUUCUCCAAUGUCGGCCGACCACAUGGGCACGGGGGGCGGAGCCUCGGGAAGCCCCUCCUCUGGCUGGUGCCUGUUCAUCUACAACCUGAGCCAGGACGCCGACGAGGGAAUGCUGUGGCAGAUGUUUGGGCCGUUCGGCGCCGUCGUCAACGUCAAGGUCAUCCGAGACUUCAACACCAACAAGUGCAAAGGCUUCGGGUUCGUUACCAUGGCGAACUAUGAGGAAGCCGCCAUGGCCAUCCAUAGCCUGAACGGCUACCAGCUGGGGGACAAAGUCCUGCAGGUCUCUUUCAAGACCAACAAGGGACACAAGUAGCCGGCAGCAGAAGCGGGUGGGCGGGGCUAAAGGUCACAUGAUGUAGUUUCUGUUUUUGUUUUUUUUUAUUAGCAUGCACAGCUUUUUUGUUUCUGAGCUGAAACUUGUUCUGAAACGAUUCUCUGGACUCUGACACCUGAUUGGUCCGUCUCCUGCCGGACCGGACUGUAGUUUCCUCCAGAGAUGGUUGGAGUUUCCGUCUUGGUUCGGUUAGUUUCUUAGUUGUUUUUUUUAGAAAGUGUUGAUCUGUUUUAGGAGAAAAAUUUACACUCUGCAGUCGUUGAAUGAAUCAUUAAAUGUUGUUCGGUUCUGGUCGGUUUAAUAAUCCGAGGAGGUUCUGACUUCAUGUCGGACUUUGAAACGAUCAGAACCGGUGCAAGCUGUUUGAGCCUCAGUGUGAUGUUGACUCUUCAAUAAUAAAUCUGUUGAUGAAAACAUGA